AUGAGCGAGGCAUUUCACAGCCUUCGUUGGCCAGUCUUCGAAGACAUAUCCAAUAUCCGGGUUGCAAGUGACCCCGAUAGUGCCGAACCGGAGCUCUUGCCGUUCGAAGGCCAUCCUAUUGCAGCCGAAGCAGCAACCAAAAUACCCCUGAAGGAAAUCGCUUUUAGCCUCGAAGUCUUAGACAACUAUGAAGCCGCCGAGUUCGAAGCACCGGAUCGCGUGUUCGUUCGCGGAGCCGAUGGCGGCAUUGUUACAGUCGCAGAUGUCGUUAAACAACUCUCAGCCUAUUUUAUCGCCCACAAGGAAGCAAUACUCGAAGCUAAAUUCCCCUUUUUGGACUUUGAUAAAGACAAUCUAUCUAAUACACGCGUCUUCUUUGAUGGUUUCACAUUCAUUAUCGAACCCGGCAUGUACUCGCUCCCUGUCGAACUGUGGGCCGAGGGAGAGAAUGGAGAGUCUGCAAAUCAUUGGAGGCAUGGGGUUUGA